AUGACCGAGACAAACUGUACAAUCAUUUCAAAUUUUAUUUUUCUGGGGUUUUCCCACUAUCCUAAAGUUGAGGUCGUCAUAUUUGCAUUGUGCCUGCUGAUGUACUUGGUCACCUUGCUGGGCAACGUUAUUCUGAUCUCUGUCAGUAUCCUGGAUUCCCACCUGCACACCCCCAUGUACUUCUUCCUCAGCAACCUCUCCUUUCUGGACAUCUGGUACACCUCUUCUGCUCUCACUCCAAUGUUGGCAAACGUAGUUACAAAGAAAAGCACGAUCUCAUUCUCAGGGUGCACUGUGCAGAUGUACUUCUCUCUUGCCAUGGGCUCCACAGAGUGUGUGCUCCUGUCCAUGAUGGCAUAUGAUCGGUAUGUAGCCAUCUGCUUCCCCCUGAGAUAUCCCAUCAUCAUGAACAAGAGAAUUUGUGCACACAUUGCAGCUGGCUCCUGGGUGACAGGCUCCCUUACCGCCCUUGUGGAAACAAUUUCUGUACUGCAAUUGCCUCUCUGUGGGAAAAAUAUCAUCAAUCAUUUCACUUGUGAAAUUCUGGCUGUCUUGAAACUGGUUUGUGUAGACACCUCCAUGGUAGAACUCCUUAUGCUGGUGAUCAGCAUCCUUCUCCUUCCCGUGCCGAUGCUCCUUAUUUGUGUCUCAUAUGCCUUUAUCCUCUCCAACAUCCUGAGGAUCAGCUCCGCGGAUGGCCGAAGCAAAGCCUUUUCAACAUGUGCAGCCCACCUAACGGUGGUCAUUUUGUUCUAUGGGACAGCUCUCUCCAUGUACCUAAAGCCAUCAGCUGUGGAUUCACAGGAAAUUGAUAAAUUUAUGGCUUUACUAUACGUGGUUUUGACCCCUAUGUUGAAUCCAAUCAUCUAUAGUCUAAGGAAUAAAGAGGUAAAAAUGGCUGUGAAAAGAUUGCUAGUUAGAAACCCUCUUUAUGCUCUCUUUCUUUCCAGUAGCAAAUAA